CCCCCGCGCUGCUCCGCGCCCGGCCAACCGCCCUCAGCCAUGGGGCUCCUGCCCAAGCUCGGCGCGCCCCAGGGCAGCGACGCCUCUUCCAGCCGAGCCGGCCGCUGUGCCCGCUCGGUCUUCGGCAACAUUAAGGUGUUUGUGCUCUGCCAAGGCCUCCUGCAGCUCUGCCAACUCCUGUACAGUGCCUACUUCAAGAGCAGCCUUACCACCAUUGAGAAGCGCUUUGGGCUCUCCAGUUCUUCAUCGGGUCUCAUUUCCAGCCUGAAUGAGAUCAGCAAUGCCAUCCUCAUCAUCUUUGUCAGCUACUUUGGCAGCCGGGUGCACCGUCCACGUCUGAUUGGCAUCGGGGGUCUCUUCCUGGCUGCAGGUGCCUUCAUCCUCACCCUCCCACACUUCCUCUCCGAGCCCUACCAGUACACCUUGGCCAGCACUGGAAACAACAGCCACUUGCAGGCUGAGCUCUGCCAGAAGCAUUGGCAGGACCUGCCUCCCAGUAAGUGCCACAGCACCACCCAGAACCCCCAGAAGGAGACCAGCAGCAUGUGGGGCCUGAUGGUGGUUGCCCAGCUGCUGGCUGGCAUCGGGACAGUGCCUAUUCAGCCAUUUGGGAUCUCCUAUGUGGACGACUUCUCAGAGCCCAGCAACUCGCCCCUGUAUAUCUCCAUCUUAUUUGCCAUCUCUGUAUUUGGACCGGCUUUCGGGUACCUGCUGGGCUCUGUCAUGCUGCAGAUCUACGUGGACUACGGCAGAGUCAACACAGCUGCAGUUAACUUGGUCCCGGGCGACCCCCGAUGGAUUGGAGCCUGGUGGCUAGGCCUGCUUAUUUCUUCAGUCUUCUUGGUUCUCACGUCUUUCCCCUUUUUUUUCUUCCCUCGAGUAAUGCCCAUAGGAGCAAAGAGGAAUCCUGCCACAGCAGACGAAGCAAGGAAGUUGGAGGAGGCCAAGUCAAGAGGCUCCCUGGUGGAUUUCAUUAAACAGUUUCCCCGCAUCUUUCUGAGGCUCCUGAUGAACCCGCUCUUCGUGCUGGUGGUCCUGGCCCAGUGCACCUUCUCCUCCGUCAUUGCUGGCCUCUCCACCUUCCUCAAUAAGUUCCUGGAGAAGCAGUAUGGCACCUCAGCGGCCUACGCCAACUUCCUCAUUGGUGCUGUGAACCUACCUGCUGCAGCCUUGGGGAUGCUGUUUGGAGGAAUCCUCAUGAAGCGCUUUGUUUUCUCUCUGCAAACCAUUCCCCGCGUAGCUACCACCAUCAUCACCAUCUCCAUGAUCCUUUGUGUUCCUCUGUUCUUCAUGGGAUGCUCCACCCCAACUGUGGCCGAAGUCUACCCCCCUAGCACAUCAAGUUCUAUACAUCCGCAGCCUCCUGCCUGCCGCAGGGACUGCUCGUGCCCAGAUUCUAUCUUCCACCCGGUCUGUGGGGACAAUGGAAUUGAGUACCUCUCCCCUUGCCACGCUGGCUGCAGAAACAUCAACAUGAGCUCUGCAACCUCCAAGCAAUUGAUCUAUUUGAACUGCAGCUGUGUGACUGGGGGAUCCGCUUCAGCAAAGACAGGAUCGUGCCCUGUCCCCUGUGCCCACUUCCUGCUCCCAGCCAUCUUCCUCAUCUCCUUCGUGUCCCUGAUAGCCUGCAUCUCCCACAACCCCCUCUACAUGAUGGUUCUGCGUGUGGUGAACCAGGAGGAAAAGUCAUUUGCCAUCGGGGUGCAGUUCUUGUUGAUGCGCUUGCUGGCCUGGCUGCCAUCUCCAGCCCUCUAUGGCCUCACCAUUGACCACUCCUGCAUCCGGUGGAACUCGCUGUGCUUGGGGAGGCGAGGGGCCUGCGCCUACUAUGACAACGAUGCUCUCCGAGACAGGUACCUGGGCCUGCAGAUGGGCUACAAGGCGCUGGGCAUGCUGCUACUUUGCUUCAUCAGCUGGAGGGUGAAGAAGAACAAGGAGUACAAUGUGCAGAAGGCGGCAGGCCUCAUCUGACCCCCGCCCGGGCCACUGCCCUGCUCCAGAGAGCGGACCGUGCCUCUUCCACACCUGCCUAUAUUCACUAAUGUUAACACGUCAUUUCCUUUUUGUAUUUUUAAACAAGAAAGAAAACCCCAGU